AUGCAGUUCGUGAUUGCUUACAAAUGUUUGCUAGCAGGCAAGAGCAUCGCGAGAGGUGACGGUCGUGGAAGUGAUGCGACUGACAACGGCCAACUCUGGGCCAUUGUUCGAAUGCAACAACUCGGAAUUCGAGGGAUGGCAGAAGAACUAGAUGUUGUCCAUCUGAAAACGACCGUGCGACAUUUUAAAGGUGUGGAAAAGAAGGAAGGCCUCGACAAGUGGCAUUCAGAAGGACGGAAAAAUGACAAAAGUUUUUUGACCACGGUAUUAUGUAUGACGAAUAGUGGAUGCUGUACGAUGACCGACAUCUUUCGCGUAAUGGCCGGAUCAGGGUAA